GCGAGGAGAUUUCCGUUGAGGGCACUAGCAUCCAUGGGGAUGUCCAACUGUUCACUUGCAAUUCCAGCUCGGGUUGCGAGGGCGACAUCCAGGAAAUUUUCAUCGGAACCGGAAUCAACCAAGGUGGAAAACUCACUGUCAGCUCCACCUGUCCAAACUCCCACCCUCUCUGAUAACAUGUCCCGUCCUGUCUCGUCCAAUCACGUUGCUCCCCGGCAGUAUAAAAGCUCCAAGCUUGCACAGACCCAACAUGAUCGAGCCAUGGCCUUCCUGUGGAUCCUCUCCUGCCUCGCCUUCGUCGGCGCCGUCUACGGCUGCGGCACUCCCGCCAUCAGUCCCGUCAUCACAGGUUACUCUCGUAUUGUGAAUGGUGAGGAGGCGGUGCCUCACUCCUGGCCCUGGCAGGUGUCCCUGCAGGAUUACACUGGCUUCCACUUCUGUGGCGGCUCUCUCAUCAAUGAGAACUGGGUGGUGACAGCCGCUCACUGCAACGUCAGGACGUCCCACCGUGUGAUCCUCGGAGAACACGACCGCUCCUCCAACGCUGAGGCCAUCCAGGUCAUGAAGGUCGGAAAGGUGUUCAAGCACCCCAACUACAACAGCUAUACCAUCAACAACGAUAUCCUGCUCAUCAAGCUGGCCAGCCCCGCUCAGAUGGGCAUGCGUGUUUCCCCAGUGUGUGUGGCUGAGACCGCUGACUACUUCCCCGGAGGCAUGAGGUGUGUGACCAGCGGCUGGGGCCUGACCCGCUACAACGCCCCUGACACCCCCGCCCUGCUGCAGCAGGCCUCCCUCCCCCUGCUGACCAAUGAGCAGUGCCGUCAGUACUGGGGCAGCAAGAUCAGCAACCUGAUGAUCUGCGCUGGAGCCUCCGGAGCCUCCUCCUGCAUGGGCGACUCUGGUGGUCCUCUGGUCUGUGAGAAGGCCGGAGCCUGGACUCUGGUCGGUAUCGUGUCCUGGGGCAGUGGAACCUGCACUCCCACCAUGCCUGGCGUGUACGCCCGUGUCACCGAGCUCCGCGCCUGGAUGGAUCAGAUCAUCGCUGCCAACUGAGCAUGUCCGACAGGACAGCUUCCAGUUUGAAGCUGAUCGUCAAUAAAACACAGAAACCGAAGCAGA